GAACUCGCCGGAGAAGGAGUGUGUCUGAAACUAAUGAUUUGGAAUUGAGACACUCUGCCGAUCGGUUUUCCAGAUAUGAGAGAGAAACUGCAAAUGAGCAGGCUGGCGAAGGUCCGAAAAGCCUACCAGCAGAAACUUAUGACCCCUACCCUUUGGACGAGAGCCUAGAUUUGAGGCAAGGCCGCAAUGUGGAGCUUGUGGACAGGGAGCAGUCACCAGACGUGGAUCCCCAAGAGCAACCAGAAACUAUCAACACCGAGUCGUUGAAAUCACCGAAAAUGUUGGACGAUGUUAAUCUCCAGGAAGGCAGUUUCCCGGCCGUCGAGUCCAUGGCGCCACAAUAUGUUCAGGACUACAACAAGGCGCCCGAGCUCCAGCCCGAAUCCGGCCGGGCAGCAGACUUGUUCUGGUACAGGGUCUCUCCGGACGACGAGCUCAAGGCCGAGGAAGGAGCUAACGAGGGAAACAAGAACGCCACACAAGCAGAAGGCAAAGGACACGAAAGGAAGGGGAAGACAGAUUCGCAGAAAGAGGCCGGGACCGUCAGGCAUGAAGGCGACAAGAGAGCGGACGACAGCAGCGCCGCAGAAGACCAGAAAAAGACUGCAGCCAGCGACACGAAUCGAAAUGACAGGUCUGUCGAAAAGGAAAAUUAUUCUGAUAAUGCUGAUAACAUUGACCUUACUCCAGAGGCUCAGAAAUGAACAGGUGAAUAUAACAUACCAUCAGGGACAGACGAAGAGAUCAUAUAGGUAGUAAUGAUAGAUCGUUAUAUUCUCACCUUCUGUCACAUGCAAUUUGAAAACUGCGAUUAGAUGAUAUCAAUAAAGUUUGGAAAGUAAUA